AUGGCAUUGACAUCGCAUCAAAACAUUCUAACAACCUAUUACACAAAUAUACUGCUUCCAAAAUUUCGUGCACUCAAUGCAUUACCUUCAGCAGUACAUAAAUGCGGCCAGCAAUGUGUUCAAUCAGCAGAAGAGAACUUCUGUCCAAGCCAAAUUCGAUCUAAUCCAUUUCUACUUCCAUUCGAAUGUCAAUGGUCAAUCGUUGACAGUAAACCUCGUGGCUAUCGAACACCAUGUCGUCGAACACUUUAUUCUCUCGAUGAUAUUGAACAAUAUCUCUAUCGAACGCAGUCGAAAUUAUCCAUUAAGUACUUCAUCGAUGGCGUUUUGACCCGUUUUAAGCCACCAAUCGAUAAUCAGGACAAAAACUACAUCCUAUCAGAUGAUCUAUCCAACGGUCAGGAAAAUGUUCAAGUCUCUGUAUAUAAUGAUGUUGAUAAUGAGAAACCAGAUAGUUUUGUAUAUAUUACGAAAAUUCAACCGAUUAACAAUCGAAUUGCUGCAGCAAUCAAUGACACAAAUAUGACUUCGUGCUGUGAUUGUACUGAUAAUUGUAGUGAUCGAAUGAAAUGUGCUUGUUUUCGUAAAACAUUGACUCAAGCUCAAGUCAAUCGUGAUCCGUUAGUCAUGGAGAAGGAAAAAUACCGCUACACACAAUCUCAUAUGUUGAAAACAACAGGCUAUCAACGAAAACGUUUACUGAAUUCUAUAUCAAGUGGUAUUUAUGAAUGUAACUCGAAGUGUUCAUGUCAUCGUGAACAUUGUUCGAAUCGUCUUGUCCAACAAGGCGUAUUUGUACAUUUACAACUAUUCAAAGACAAAUUGAAAGGCUGGGGCUUACGUGCGUUGCAUGAUUUACCUCGUGGAACGUUCGUAUGCCAAUAUAUUGGAGAAUUAUUGACAUCAGAUCAAGGACAUGAACGUGCACAGACAAUGGAUGAUAAGUAUCAAACGAGUUUAGAUAUAGUGAAACAAGUUCGAUAUGAAAUUAGCAAUGAAGACGACAUCGAUGACAAUGAUGACGACGAUGAAGAGCCGUAUGUGAUUGAUGGAAGUCUAUACAGCAAUUUGGGAAAGUAUUUCAAUCAUUCGUGUGAUCCGAAUAUGUUUAUUCAGAAUGUUUUCAUUGAAUCACACGAUUUGCAUUUCCCAAACCUUGCUCUGUUUACUCACACACACAUCAAAGCUGGCCAAGAAUUGACUUGGCAUUACAAUUGUGAAUUGCUACCCGACCGCGAAGUGAAGUGCUUCUGUGGCUCAAAAAAUUGUCGUGGACUCAAUCGUUCAAACCUGGCGACUCCUUUCUUUCUUCAACAAUCUCGACAAAAUUCAACAAGAGCGAACCAUAAAACUCCAAUUCAUUCAUUGAUAACCAUCUUACCUAAUGCGUCGCUAUCGUCGUCACAAUCAACUGAUGAAUCAUCGAUACCAGCAAUACAUCAGUCGGACAGUUCAGCAAAUACAUUACAAUUGUUCCGUCGAAUGUUAUCAAUAAGACGAUCAUCAAGUACAAAACCAUCGAUCUACCAUUCAUACAAUUUGCGUGCGUUUGACGUCGCGCGCGACCAUUAUGAAAUCACCGUGCAUUUUCUUGAUGAUACCGAACGAACUUUUCAUGUUGAACGGCGAUGUAAAGGAAGCGAUGUAUUGAAUGAAAUUUUCGAUUAUCUGGAUUUGACUACUGAAAGAAAGUACUUCGGCUUACUGAUUGAAGAUUUAACACAAGAUUUUGCUUAUCGGUGGCUAGACGCGACGAAACCGUUGAAAAAACAAUUCGCACCAAAUAUAACCAGUCAUCAUCUGUAUUUCAAAGUUCGCUUUUUCUUGAUCGAUCCCACGACACAGACCGAUGAUGAAUUUACGAAAUAUUUGUUUGUAUUACAAAUCAAAAAAGAACUUCUCAGUGGAAAAAUUUGGUGUCCGCGAGUCGUGGCAAUCAGAUUAGCAAGUUACAUUGUGCAAAGUGAACUGGGUGAUUACGAUGUUAAUGCACAUCACCAUGGUUAUUUGAAAGACUUUCGUUUUGUGCCAUUUCAAAACAAAGAUUUCGAAGAUGAAGUUGAACUUUAUCAUAAACAACAUCAGGGUCAAUUGCCAGCGGAUGCUGAAAGUAAUUAUCUUCGUAUUGCAAGUUCGUUGGAUAUGUACGGCGUUGAGUUGCAUAAAUCAUCUGUGAAAGUAUCUCAUACAAAUGGAGGAAAUUAUAAUUCUACUGUGGAGUUAUAUGUGGGUGUAUCGGCUAUGGGAAUAUCUGUCUUUCAGAAUUCGACAAAAAUCAAUACAUUUGUAUGGGACCAAAUAACCAAAAUAUCGUUUAAGCGUCGGACAUUCUACGUUCAACUUGUGAAAAGUAUGGAGUUAUCAGAUGAUAAUUCAAUCGUAUUCACACUACGUAAUUAUCGUUGUUGUAAAUAUCUAUGGAAAUCAUGCGUCGAUCAUCAUACAUUCUUCCGUUUAACAACAACGGCGACGGCUGCUGGUGCGUCCUCAUCACCCAAAAGAUUAUUUUCAUUUUCGAAUAAACUUCGUCAAAAGAACGAGAGUUCCAACCUGCCAUCAAGUUCUUCACUCAUGGAAACAAUCGAGAAGAAACCAAAAGUAUUCGAAAGAGUAUCAAGUCAACGAAAUAAAGGUGCAAUCAACGAGAAUCUUCCUUCGACAGAAAGCUCCGAUGAACCCACGCCAAAACUUGUUUAUCUUGCGAAUAAUACAUCGUCAAUAGCUCCGCCAAAACCUCCUCGGUUAAUCUCUAAACAAUCGCUAACGACUAGUGUGAUUCUGGAAGCAAAUGAAUAUAAGCCGAAAAAUGCGACGCAAUCUCGUGAAAGUCUUCAAAAUCUUCCCGCAACGAACUGUUCGAUGUCGUGUAUGACGACUGAUGCUACGCAAAUCAAACUAACGCCAGAUGCUGAUGGUCGAUAUGGUUUUAAUAUUAAAGGAGGAGAAAAUGAACAAACACCAACUGUUAUUUCGAAAGUGGCACACAAUACACCAGCGAGUCGAGCUUUGAUUCAUGAAGGUGAUAUCAUAUUGGCAAUUAAUAAUAUUGACAUUCGAAAUCAUUCACAUGAUCAAAUCACCGAGAUGGUUCGGCAUUCACGUGAACGACCCUCAGCGGAAUUAGAAUUAUUGAUGAAGCCGCGAGAAGAACAAAAUUCAUUAGAAAAAUCAGUAAAAGUCUUACGUAGUGAUUUGAAAUCUGAACACUUAGUUGAACAGUACGAGGCACUUCAACGGCGAAAGGAUGGCUUUACAUUCGAAAUAAGUACCAAUCAAAUAAACUUUUACCGCAAUCGUUACAAAGAUGUGCUACCUUACGAUCAAACACGUGUUAUUCUCAAAACAAGCCUUGAAAAUGACUAUAUCAAUGCUAGUUACAUCAAUAUGCCAAUUAUUUCGACUGAUACUGUCAAUCGUUAUAUUGCUACUCAAGGACCAUUGCCCACAACCUGUGAAGCCUUUUGGCGAAUGGUUUGGGAACAACAAUGUACAUUAAUCAUCAUGCUGACGACAUUGUUCGAAAAUGGACGAGUUAAAUGUCAUCAAUACUGGCCGAAUGUUUUGGAGACGAGUGAUUAUGGACUAUUUCGAAUCCGUUGUAAUCGUGAACGAAAUGAGAAUAAUCUUAUGUAUCGUGAACUGAUCUGUUCGAACAAGGAAAGUCAUGAAGAACGAAUAAUCUAUCAAAUUCAGAACGAAAUUUGGCCUGAUCAUGGUGUUCCUACCGAUUAUGCAUCUUUCGUUGAUUUUGUCCUAGAAAUACGUGAAUUGCGAAAAGCAAAUAAACAUUUACCAAUUCUCGUGCAUUGCAGUGCGGGAAUCGGUCGAACAGGUGUCCUCAUCUUGGUGGAGACAGCUCUAUGUCUUAUGGAGAAUAAUCAACCUGUUUUUCCAUUAAACAUCGUUCGACAAACGCGCGAACAACGUUUAGGAAUGAUACAAACAGCUAGUCAAUACCAAUUCGCGUGCGAAGCUAUUCUUUACGCUUAUGAUCACGGCUUGAUUGAAAUCAACAGCAAUUAA